AUGGCCCAGAAAAUCAAUAUCAAUCGUGGAUUGGGUCUUGGUAUGGCACAACUUGGCGCUUUUGCAAGGAUGGGAAUGAUGAUAAAUGUGAGUGCAAUGGGAACUGCUGGUGGAGGGCAGGCAAAUGGAGAUGUUGGAGAAGGAAUUGCGAUGAGUAGAAAAUCCACGUGGAAGAGUAAAGGAGAUGAGGAAGACAUGAAGACGAGGAAGAGUACAGCAUUCGAACCAGACCUUGAUUUUGAUAUGAUUGAUCAUCGACAUAUAUCUGGUUCAUCACAAUACCUGUAUGGUUUUGGCUUCGACAAUAAUGCAUUCGGAUCAGUCGAUGCGCAGAGUAAUGAUUCAGUUUUUAUGUGA